AUGGAGUACCUUCCAAGCUUAACACAGGAGUUCGAUGAGUUCAAGCCGUCCCUCUUCGUACAUCUAGAACUUCUUGCCGAGCAGCAAUUAUCGGACCUCCUUCCCCCUUCUCUCCGAUACCUUCUUGCCGUUGCUACCCACCGCCAUCCUCGAUAUCUUCUCCGGAUUCUCAAUUCGUAUGACGAGGUCUACGCUCUUCUUUCGCUGGUCGUUGAACGCUACUACCUUCGGACGUUUGGCGGCUCAUUCACAGAGAACUUUUAUUCGUUGAAGCGUGAGCGCGUACUUCGCACGAAGAAUGGCGAGGUACCUCGCGCUCAAGUGGGCGCCGGGGGUCCCGUGCGCGAGGCUCUCAAGCUUCAUAAUACCGAUGUGUGGAAGAACCUGUUCGUCAUGGUCGGCAUCCCUUACCUGAAACGCAAAUUGGAUGAAGGAUAUGAUAUCCAUGCCGCACCACAAGCUUCGCUGGUUAUGGGCGGCGGGCCCCGCUAUAACCCAAGCGACGAUUUACCUCCACGCCCUACAAUUCGCCAACGCAUCUUCCAUUAUUAUAAGUGGUUUCUGCGUAAUGUAUAUCCAUCCGUCAACGCAGCCUAUUAUUUUUCCAUUCUCGCCUUUAAUCUUGCAUACCUCUUCGAUAAUACCAAGUACUCGUCGCCGUUUCUUUGGCUGAUCGGGACGCGCAUUCGGCGUCUGGGGGCGGCUGAUCACCGUGCCAUUGCCGAGGUGCUUGAUCCCAAGCCUGCUCCUGGUGGAAGCCGGUCUCAGAGACCCGGCUCAGGGCUGCUGGGCCUUUUCAGCCCACAGAACUUACAUACGCAGGCAUUGACCUCUCUGCGCUAUUUUCUUCCCGCCUCCAUUUUUGCACUCAAGUUCUUGGAAUGGUGGCAUGCAAGUGAUUUCUCUCGUCAGCUAGCCCGCAAGGCGACCGAGGUCCUUGAUCUCCCUGCCCCUGUUGUCUCGGGGUUGAGCAGUCCAGCGGAGCGACGAAAGUCAGGGCAGGAUGAGAAAGAAAAGAAACACUCCGAAUCGGAGAAAAAAAAGCACAGGAGACCUCAAGUCCGCUCUCAAGCCCCCUCGUCGCCACCAGCCUCCGAUAUCUGCAACAUCAUAUCUGCCCAUCUAUACUGUCCCAUUACCCCCGCCCGAUGCCUCGAGUGCGAAUACUUGCCCAGUUUGCUUGAAUACCCUUGCAAACCCAACUGCUUGCCAAACGGGAUACGUGUUUUGCUAUGUUUGUAUAUUCCAUUGGCUUAA